AUGGCAGCAGCAGUAGCAGCAGCAGCAGCAGCAGCGUCCCUCAACAUGGACUCUCUCACAAAAAACGCCUCCUCGACCCUGUCCUCCAUCACCGCCCACCCCUUCUACCCGCUCGAGGUCGAGAUUGCCGCCUACCUGGCCAACGAGAUGACCAUGGAGAUGCUGCUCGGCAUCUUUACGGCGGGCAUCGCGACCAUCAUCCUGGGCACGCGGUUUGUGGUCGAUCGGGCGCACCCGAUGCUACCCACGAAGGAGAAGCUUGCCAUUUGGUGUGGUGGUGAUACGCUGGGUGGGCAAAUGGGAAGCUGGAGCACAGGCGCAUGGUUGGGGAGCUCGUUGGCCAAUGGAGAGUUUCUGCUGACAGAGGACUUCGCAGCUGGCACAAUCCACCUUUUUUUCGAAGGAUACUUUUCCCUAAACCAUAGGACAAUGGGACCAGCGCAAGACCUGUUCGGGCAGCUGUGGAAGGAAUAUGCGCUCUCGGAUUCGAGAUACUUAACUUCGGACCCCUUUGUGCUCUGCAUGGAGACUGUCACGGCUUUCACCUGGGGCCCCAUGUGCGGCGUCAUUGCCUACAUGAUUACCGCCUCACAUCCGCUCCGCCACCCCCUCCAAAUCAUCGUUUGCGUUGGCCAAAUGUACGGGCUCGUUCUGUAUUACGCUACCGCCAUGUUCGACCACUACUACAGGGCAGCUACGUACAGUCGCCCGGAGUUCUUGUACUUCUGGGUAUACUUUUUUGCUGUCAACUUUAUCUGGAUGGUUAUUCCCGGAUUGCUGCUGAUCGACAGCGUCCGAACUAUUGCUCGCAUCACAGCUGCAUUUGAUAAGGUGGCCAAGAGCCUCGCGAAGGUGAAUGGCAACGUGAAGGGGUCGAAGAAGGAGAUAUGA